GAAGACACUUUUUAGCUGCAAUCUAUUCAAAGAAAGCACCAGCCUUGCCAGAUGUACAGAUUCAGAAUAAUACCGUUGACUUUGCAGUAACAAUGGCGGGAACAGAAGAUCCUGUGUCCGUUCGUAUUGAUGGCAUACUUCGUGGCAUGCCUUCAUCGCCCUUCACACCUUCAAUCUUUAGAAUUGAUGAUUACAUGAAUAGAGUUAAUGAGAAUAUGCAUGCCCCGAAAUUAGUGUCGAUUGGACCUCUUCAUCAUGGAAAACGCGAACUCCAAAAGAUGGAGCAGCACAAAUAUAGGUACCUAAAGUUGUUGCUUGAACGGAAAAAUGAGUCUAGCGUUCACAAGUAUGUUACCGUGAUGCGAUCACUACAAGAACAAGCGCGCAGAUGCUAUGCCGAUCCUGUUGAUCUUGAAUCAGAUUCAUUUGUGGAAAUGCUGCUUCUCGAUAGCUUCUUCAUCGUGGAGUUGACAAGGAAAUACAGAUUCCCAUGGAUAAGGGAAACCGACGAUCCCAUUUUUAAACAUGAUUACUAUAUUGUGGAGCUGAUUUGUGAUCUUAUGCUCAUCGAAAAUCAGGUCCCUUUCUUCGUUCUCAAUCAUCUCUUUCACAUGACAAAGUCUGACGAUCUGGAGGACGAUCUUAUACCUCAAAUCCAACUUCUUUUCGGAGAAAGGUACCUAUGGCACCCGGGCGGUGAUGUGGUAAGAACACCAGUGAAGAAUGUGGAUCACCUGCUCGACCUAAUGUACAAGACAUGGUGUUCUUCAUUUUCUGAGAUGUUCGUGGGGCCGAGGAAUCUUACAGGUCUUGACAUAAGAUGUGCUACUGAACUACAAGAAGCUGGAAUCGAGUUUGAGGAGGGCCAGUCGGGUAAGAUUUUGGACAUUAAGUUCGACAAAGGGGUCCUUAAAAUUCCAAGCUUUAUUGUUUCGGAUGGCAUGGAGCCGGUCCUUAGGAAUCUAAUUUUGUACGAGCACUUGUUCAAUGACAGUGCGCAUCCGCAGUAUGUCACGGAUUAUGCCUUCUUCUUACAGUGUCUUAUCAAUUCCCCAAAGGAUGUCGAGAUCUUGCGCCUCCGAGGAAUUAUGACCAAUUUGCUCGGAAAUGACAUGGUGCAUCAGAUGUUCAGACGUUUGGGCAGGAACACGUUCGUGUCGAAGGUUUUCUGCUAUGGCGAUGUAUUUGAGAAAGUGAAUAUACAUUGUGGGCUUCACCGGAACGUCUUGAUGGCGAAUUUAAGGCGCAACUAUUUCAACAGUCCUUGGGCGUAUAUAUCCUUUGGAGCUGCCGCCGUCUUGCUUAUUCUUACCUUCAUACAGACCAUGUUUUCGGGCCUUUCCUAUGCGUCAGCCCUAACGAUCUCCACAGAAUGUUCGAGAAACUGGAUAAGCGCGGCGACGGCCGGGUGGCCGUCGGGCAGCUCCACGAUCUGCUCCGACAGAUCGGAAUCGACGCGCCGCCCCCGGAGGAUAUCGAGAGAUUUGUCGGCGCAUCGACCCUCGACUACUUCGAUUUCGUGUUCUUCUACCACGCAUUAACAUCGGUCGAGUCCGCGACGCGGGAACAAGACGCGCGCGACGACGACGAUCUUGUCGAGGCGUUCAAAUUGUUCGAUUUAAACGGCGACGGAUUUAUAUCGAGCGAUGAG